AUGAUAGAAUUAAACAUGGCAGUUGAUGGGUAUCGUAUAAUUCUUGACAACGAUCUUGAUGAAUGGUUAGAUGUUGAGGCAGUUGAAGAAAUGAAUGAGAUUGGACAGGGGGGAGAAACGUCAACAAGACAAAAUUCAAGUAACUUAGUUAAGGUGGAUUUAGAAUACCAGAAUGAACUAAGGAAAGUUAUCCUUAGCAUACAAAAUGAUCUUAGCAUAUCGCAGGAUGAAAAGGCGAAGAAAGUUCAAAACUUGAUGACAUUCAAUUGGCGACAAAAUGAAAAAAAGUCAACAGAUAAUUUAAAUACCGAUAUUGAAUCUAUUGAAGAUGAUAUCAAACCAACAUAUACUUAUGAAAAUUCACAAAAAUUUGGAUGUAAACACUAUCAAAGAGGAUCAAAAUUACAAGCAGAGUGCU